AGGUGCUGUUGGGAGCUGAGAGCCUCGUGUGUAAACCCUUCUGGAAGCCCAAGUCCUUGAAUGUGUCUCAGUUUGGCUCUAACCUCCAUGUGACCUUUGAUCCCGCCCCCUCGACCUUUCAUCUCAGUGUGUACUACUUUUACUAUAAACUGAGACAGGACGGACCCUUCAAGAUGCAGCGCUGCAAACCAGAUCUGAACCAGCCCAGAACCACCUGUAUCCUCUAUGACGUCACUCCUGGAACCUACAGCAUCGAGCUCAGAGACGACAGCAAUGUGACAAGGAGACAGACACAAUUCCAUGUCAGUCAAGUCCACUCUCCGUGGGCCGGUCCAAUCAGAGCCAUGGCCAUUACCGUCCCUCUGGUCAUCCUCUCCGCCUUUGCCACCCUCUUCACUGUCAUGUGCCGCAAGAAACAACAAGAAAACAUCUACAGUCACCUGGAUGAGGAGAGCAGUGAAUCCUCCAAUCAGAGCGCAGCAUUGAUCUCAGAGCGUCCUUGGCCCCGCCCCAAGGUGUUCCUGUGUUACUCAAACAGGGACUGUCCUAAACACAACAGUGUGGUGCAGGCCUUCGCUUACUUCCUGCAAGACUUCUGUGGAUGUGAGGUUGUGUUGGACCUGUGGGAGCAUUUGGAUAUGUGCAGAGAGGGACAGAUGUCGUGGUUGAGUCGACAGUUGGAUGAAGCAGAUUUCAUCAUGACAAUCUGCUCCAAAGGACUUCGUUAUUUUGUUGAGAGGAAGAGUCGCCGUGGAAAAACUCCAAUUGGACGCCGUGGCAACAGCAGCUCCUCCCCCAAAGACAGUGGGCCACUCAGCAGCAGUGAACGUGGCACCUCCAAGGACAGCGGACCAAUCGGCAGCAGCAGUGGGGGUGACUUGUUCCUGGUUACUGUAGCGAUGAUCUCAGAGCAGCUGCGAUUGGCCAAACAGAGUGAGAAAGAGCUGAGCCGCUUCAUGGCUGUUUAUUUUGAUUACUCCACAGAGAAUGACAUCCCUACAGCGCUCACCCUGGCCCCAAGGCUGAAGUUGAUGGACCAGUUGCCACAGCUCUUUUCUCGUCUGCACUCGUCGCACUCCUCCCUGUGGGAUGGAGCACCCCCUAACAUCUCACGGAGGAACUACUUCAGGAGCAAAUCUGGUCGCUCUCUGUAUGUCUCCAUCUGUAACAUGCACCAGUUCAUCUCGCAGAACCCCGACUGGUUCGACCAACAACUGCAUUCGCAAACAGGAAGUUCCGCCCCCAGCUCACUUCCUGUAUCCUGCGAGGCCACACCCACAUCAGCCCCACAGUCCAGUUUAGUCCUGAAUGAAGUUGCAGUGAAAACUCUAGACUCAGCACCAAAGAGGAACCUGGUCUUGUUGGCGCCAGGAUCCGGCCCGGGCUCAGUGACAAGUCUAAGUCCGAGUUAUAGUCCUGGUUAUGAUCCGGGUCCACGUUGCUCUCAGUCCUUGCCUAGAGCCUCCUCCAGGUGCAGCUCCAGUGUACCUGCCACCUCCUCCUCUGCUGUGUCCUCUGUAAUUGUCCCAUAUGUGAAGACUCCACCAGCUGUGGACCAGCUGAGACCGGUUCAGGACCAAGACUCGGGCCCUGUCCAGGGUCUAGACCAGGGACCAGACCCUUCCCCCCCUGAACCUCCCCCACGGGAUUCUGGAAUAUAUGACUCCUCUAUGCCAUCAUCUGAGCUUUCCAUACCACUCAUGGAUGGGCUGUCACAUGACCAUGUAGACUCCUCCUCAUUGGCUGACAGCGAGUCAUCUUCCUCUGGACUUGGGGAUGAGGAGCCGCCCACUGUUUCCUCUCUCCACUGCAGUGCCACCACUGUUUGUAAGGCAGAACUGCACCGACAGGACACCCCAGUGAUGUCACUGUGAACAACCAAUGAGAGCAAAGGACUCUAGUAACGUCAUCAGACAGACUUUUUAUGAAUGGAAAAAAGGGAGUUACGGAACAUUUGUAACCACUUAUUUGAAGGACUCAAUUGGACCAUUUUGAGCCUUUUCUUGUUUUGACUUAUUUUAACAUAAAUAUUUACUGUUAAUAAGAUUACAUGGCACUUUGACGCAGAAAUACAGGAAGCCACACAACACAAAUUGUUCAAUCCUUACCGUUUCUCCAAUCAUAUUGCAGCAGUUUGAUCACAUGGUACAUGAUAGACAGGCUUUAUGCCUUAUUUCUACUUGUAUUUAGAGCUCAAAAGCUUAAUGCAAUAACUCAGUUUUAUUUUACAUUUUUAUUCUGAAACUGCAUUCGUUUUUACUCUUUAUUUUUCAAAUGUCUAAUGGAAAAAUGGAAGUUUUACUUCAGUACUUUAUGAAGAUGUGAGUCUGGUCACUGGUGAGUCUCGCUGAGUUCAAAUGUGCAUGAUUGACAGGUGGAUUAGUCAAUCAGGGGCGUGCAUGGUUCGACUGUAUUAAAACAAAAAUGAAAAAGGAAAAAAAUAUCAGAAGAGACUGAAAAACAGCAUGGAUUUCUGUCAACAGAGAUGCAAUUUGCUUGGGCAUUUUUUAUUUAAAAGUGUGUCUUUUUUAUAUAUACCUUUUUAACAGUAAAUGAAAAACUUUAUUUCUGUGGAGAAUCGGUUACAUUUUACAAAUCCUCUAUAAAACCUGUACUUGUUUAACUAUUUCACAAUUCAUCAAAGGGAUGUUUUUUGUGUUAGGACUUUUAUUCUGAAGGGAAAAGUCAGCAUUUCCUGUUUGUACAGAUUUUAUUUUGGAAAUGUCUGAUGUUUUUAAAUGUUUUUAUUGCUGUUUAUUAAUAAUAAUUUCCAUAUUGUUCUACAUUUUAUAGAGUUGUACUGUUUUAUAGUACUGUCCUGUAGGAAUAAAUCAUUUAAUA